AUGGGCGACCAACAUCUAUCAGAGGCCGCCGCCGUGGGCUCUGGAUACGCGCAUUACCCGAGCAACAUUCCCGUCGGCUAUCGACCACUACUGAAGCAAAGCGCUAUGCGGACGUUUGAAUGGCGUAGUCAGAAAGAGAAGAAUGCAGAGUCCGAGAAUUGCGGUCUUGCCUCACCAAUUCGUAUCCGUGCUGCUUGGUCCAUUGUGCUCUCUCAAUAUUCUGGCUCGAAUGAGCCAGUAUUUGGAACGACACUAGAUACGAAUUCAUUUGCCAGUCGUCGUCAUGUCGUUCCGCUUAUGGUCAAAGUGGAUUGGCAGUCAAACGUCUCUGAAUGGCUGCAGACCAUUGCAUGGCGCAUCAAAGAACUGGAAAACUCAGCUACUCGCGGUCAGUGCUCGGCCGGAGCAGACGCCUCGACUGGUGAUUAUGAUGAUGAUUUCGGCACAGCAAUCCCACUUUUAGCAAAGUGUAUACUCAAGGCUGAAAACCAAGUCGAGGCUCAGCUUUAUUUCGAUAGCGAGAUUCUUCACCCAGAAUUGGUGGAGCACAUGCUGCAUCAAUUUCAGCUGAUUGUAAAUGAACUUGGUCACGACUACGACCACCUUCAAAGAUUGCAGCUUGGAGACUUGAACACGGUUUCUGAUCAUAGCAAAGCGCUGAUUUGGUCCUGGAACUCGAAGCUUCCAGACAAAGUGCACGACUGGAUACCAAACCUCUUUUCGCACCAGGUUCUGGCAAACCCUCAUCGCACAGCAGUUGACGCCUGGGAUGGCAGGUUGAGUUACGCAGAGCUUGAUUACAAGUCAACAAUGCUAGGAAAAUGGCUACUUGUCAACAAGGUGGCUGGAAGCCGUCUGGUUCUUCCCAUUUGUUUUGACAAGACGUUUUGGACAACAAUUGCGCUUUUGGCUGCGGCCAAGAUUGGAGCCACUUUCAUAAUGAUUGACCCGUACCAGCCUCGCGGGCGAUUAGCGUCCAUUCUGUCGAAAUUUGACUACAGCGGAAUGCUUGCACGAGCGGAUACAUUCGAGCUUGCACGGUCGCUGACUUCAAAGCCUGUCCAUGUUGUCAACGACGAGCUGCUGGCACAAGGACUGCAGAGCAACGCAGCAUCACACCAAGACCUCUAUUCAGGGUCAGCUGAAGAUCCCCUCUAUAUAGUCUUCACCUCUGGUAGUACGGGCGAGCCGAAAGGCAUCAAGAUUUCUCACUCUAACCUAUGCUCGGCGGUCAGUCAUCAAGCUCGCACACUUGGGUUUGCUGGAUCUCGCUCCUUUGAUUCGUCAUCAUACAGCUUCGAUGCCUACGUCUGCAACACAUUUCACACGUUGCUCACAGGAGGUUGUCUCUGCGUGCCUUCGGAGUACGAGCGAAUCAACAACUUGGAGGCAGUUUUGCAACAGAUGAAAGUUGACUUGGUGCAGCUCACACCAUCUACAUCCUCCGUCCUGGAUCCCGCCAGCCUUCCACUUCUGCGGACCUUGAUACUCACAGGUGAAAAGAUUACACAAUCGGUACUCGAUCCUUGGCUGUCAACCAAGCGUGUGCGCGUCAUUAAUGCCUAUGGGCCGUCUGAAUGCACCAUAAUGUGUGCAGCAAAUACCAACAUAGCAUGCAUAGAGGAUGCUGCUACCAUCGGUCGUGGGCUUGGGGCGAGAUUGUGGAUUGCCGACGUCAAUAAUGUUGAGCGACUUGCCCCCAUUGGUGCCGUUGGCGAACUGCUUAUUGAAGGUCCCAUCAUCGGACAGGGAUAUUUGGGCGAUGAGAAGCGAACUGCACAGUCUCUUGUCUGUAUCGCCGGUGGCUUCCUUUCUGGAAUUGCUCCAUGCCCCAAAGGGAACCUGUUUCGCACAGGUGAUCUGGCCCAAUACAAUAUGGAUGGCUCUAUUCGCUUUAUCGGUCGAGUCGAUACCCAGAUCAAGAUUAAUGGCCAACGCGUGGAGAUUGGUGAGGUGGAACAUCGCCUCACUCAAUUCCUGCCUGAAGAAUGCACGGCUGUUGUUGAAGCUGUGGAGUGGCCAUCUGGAAAGAAGCAAUUGAUUGGCUUCAUCUACAGAUCAAACACACGGACCCAGCCCUUGCAGACAAUUGUUCACCCUUUGAAGGAAAAUUUGUUGACGGUUUUGCCGGCGUACAUGAUGCCGUCUGCAUACUUUCCGCUCAAACAUAUUCCCAAGACGUCUUCCGGAAAAACCGAUCGCAGAACUCUUCAAAAGCUGGCUCUGAACAAUCCCAAGGAUUUGAUCGAUGCUUAUGCUACUGUCAUAAAUUCUAAAACCAGACCACUUACUGAAACUGAGAUUGUCCUUUGCGCAGUCUGGGCCGAGACUCUUGCUUUAGAUGAAGCAAUGAUUCGAUCCGGAGACAACUUUUUCUCUUGUGGUGGUGACUCAUUGGCCGCUAUUCGUACUGUCGCCGCCUUGAAUCGCCAAAAAAGGUUCCGUGUGGACGUUGCAGAUAUAUUCCAGCAUCCGCGGCUCUCCGACCUGGCGAAGACGGUCGAGUUGAACGCCGCCAGGGCUAGCUUAGACUCAUCAUCGGUCAUCAAAGCAUUUUCUUUGCUACCGUUCUCUCAUGAUCAAAGUGCUUUACGAAAAGAGGCUGCGACACGUUGUAACUGCCUAGAAACGGAUAUUGAAGAUAUCUAUCCUUGUUCUCCGGUGCAGGAAGAAAUGAUUGUUCUCGCAUCAAGAAACCCGAAAGGAUUCAUCACCAAAAGGACUGUGGAGCUACCUUCCAAAGUCUCAUUGACGCAGAUCCUCUCGUCCGUCAAGAACCUUGCAUUGACAUUACCCAUUCUUCGAACGCGCAUUAUUGAGAGCUCUGCAUGUGGCGAGCGCUUAAUGCAGGUUGUCGUCAGGGGUGAUAUUGUGCACGCGAUUCAUGCUAGUGCACAAAGCUGCUUACAGCACGAACGGCAGAAUGGAAUGGGACUCGGUGAACCGCUCUUCAGGAUUUCUCUUGUUGAUUCACUUGAUCGAGGCUGUGUUUCUCUGAUAGUCACCAUGCAUCAUGCUGUUUAUGACGGCUGGACGCUCAACCUCAUAUCAGAGGAGCUCUCCCACGCGUGCACUGGUGGGACUACCUCUGGAACUCUCGGAUACAAGAGCUUCAUUCAGCACAUCCAGUCAAUAAGCAAUGAUGCUAGUGCUUCCUUCUGGUCCAAAACAUUGAAAAACAUCACCACGCGGCAUUACCCCCCUUUUCGUGAGCCUGACUACAAGCCAAUCUCUACAGCAGUGUUUGAGAAGACAAUAUCAGGCAUCGACUGGAAGAGCCGGAAGGAAGUAACACCCACGACUUUGGUGCAUGCGGCCUGGGCAAUGACUCUAUCUAGGCUGUCCGGCUCCAACGACGUUGUCUACGGCACCACCCUCCUGGGCCGACAAGCGUCAAUGGUAAAUAUUGAACGUCUUGCAGGCCCGACACUGGCAUCUAUACCUUUCCGAGCAUUUGUUGACUGGGGUACGAUGAACAUUGCGCAGUUUCUGCGUGUAGUACAGCAACAGAUGGUUGACACGAUCCCUUUUAUGCAUUAUGGCAUCAGAAACAUUCAAAAGCUUGGCUAUGACGCUGAUUUGGCCUGUCGCUUUCGAACAUUUAUUGUAAUCCAACCAGAGCAACGUUCAUCGCCGGCCGACAUUCUUAAGCUUGGUACAGGUAGCGACGACAUUGGCGCCUUUAAUUCAUACGCCAUGAUGAUGGAGUGCUCCUUGACAGCUGAUGGCUGCAUUUUGCGCUCAAGCUUUGAUGGGAAUGUCUUGAGUGAUAUCAGCGUUCAUUCGAGUAUAGAUGACUUUGCGCAUUCGUUGAAGCUUCUCAUAGACACGGAUCAGUCUGUUCCGCUUGCUCAGUUGCCUAUUCUUGGCCAUGAUGAACUGGAAAAGCUCACGUCUGAUAAAUGCAUGCAUGUCGACCAAAACCUCGAAGAGAUAUCGAAACUGUUCAAACAAUCCUGCUUUCAUUUAUUUUCGGAUUCUGACGUGGAACUCGUCGAAACAGCCGACCUCGCUAAGCAGCUUGUUGGGUUCCUCUGCUCAAACCAGACCACCCUAGAUGACGCUCUUUUACAAGCGCUGGCAGAUGCACAGGCGCAACUUGCUCAUAAACUACCUAGACACAUGCUCCCAACCAGAUUCCUUGCGGUACAGUCGCUACCAAGGAAUGAGAAAGGCAGCAUUGAUAAAAGAAGCUUGGCUGCACUCGUGAAUAGUGUACCGAUCGAUCGCUACAUCACAGCGUCUAGUUUGCAGCGAAUCAAAGCAUUGCAAAGUCAGCCGCCGCAGACGGACGUCGAGAUGAUGAUGCGGGAUAUUUGGGCCUCGACGCUUGGCAUUGCGGCUUCGACUAUUGACAGAGAAUCAUCUUUUCUGCAACUAGGCGGCGACUCUCUGUCUGCAAUGAGAGUGAUUUCUGCGGCAAGGAAGCAAGGAUGCCACUUUACCGUCGCAGAUAUAUUCCGCUCGCCUUGUCUCAAGGAUAUAUCCCGGAAAGUUAGGCUCGAACAAAAAAGCGUCCUCGAGAGUCUGCACAUCAAGCCUUUCUCGCUCGUGACAUUGGGCGUGGACAAAGAAAAACUCGCUGUUGCGUGCGGGCUGGAUCCAUCUCUUGUCGAGGAUGCUUAUCCUUGCAGUCCACUACAGGAAGCAAUGAUGGCGAAAACGAUUGCAAGUCCUGGUGCAUACGUAUCAAGAGCCGUAUUUAAGCUCGAUUCCCAGGCCAGCACAAUCCGUCUUCGAAACGCUUGGAACACUGUGGCAGCUAUUGCACCCAUCUUACGAACUCGCAUUGUGGAAAGCGAUAGAUAUGGGCUGCUUCAAGUGGUGACAGCUGGUGGUGUCUCAUGGACUGAGCACAGAGACAACAGCACCCUUCCCGCCCUUAAUAUGGCUUUGGGGGAAGCCCUGAUGCGGUUUGACCUUGUCAAAAAUGACUCUGGCAUUUAUUUACAUUCCAUGAUACAUCAUGCUGUUCAUGAUCGCUGGUCUGCUGCUCUCAUCCUAGAAAAGGUCGAACAGGUGUACCAAGGAAAACCUUUGAGCGCCCAGUUACUUCCCUACAACUACUUUAUUAGGCACAUUUUGCAAGAACAAAGUCAGCAACACGUCGUGCAGGCCUAUUGGCGCAGCUACUUUGCGGAUCUGGAAGCGCCCGAUUUUCCUAGAUUGCCAGCAGCGACAUAUCGACCAGAAGCUAAUGGUUUCUCGGGCAGACAAUCAGGGCUUGAAGGCGUCGAUCUCAUAGCCGGCCCGACAAUCACAACAAUUCCACUACGCUCCAAGAUAGACAGAAACGCCACAGCGGCAGAAUAUAUGGAGGCCUUGCAAGCCAUUGCGAUCGAGAUGAUGCCAUUUGAACACUAUGGCUUGGCCCAGAUUCAACGACUUAGCCCAGAGGCAAAGCGAGCCUGCCAAGCACAAGCGAGUCUAGUUAUACAGCCGCCGGAACGUGCUGCGACCAGCGACUUGUUUGGGCUGCUCGUUGAUGGUGCUGACGAAAGGGUGGCUAAUGAGCAAGCGUUGGCGCUUGAAUGCACUCUCUCAGGAGACUCCGAACAAGUUCUCUUGACUCUUAAUUUCGAUGAGCAGGUUGUGGACCACUUGCAAGCCCGGCGAAUGCUCGCGCAGCUGGAACAUCUUGUACACGAACUCGGCCGAGUCAACCUGCGCACUACUCGUAUUCGCCAUCUGGCACACCCAAACAACUACGACCUCGAAGAAUUGCACAAUUGGAAUGCAGCAAUUCCCAUCAGCAAAAGUACAUCUAUUCUGGACAUGAUUGCCGCUCGUGUUGAUCAGUCGCCCAACUCAGCCGCGAUUGAUGCAUGGGACAUGAGUCUGUCGUACAUUGAACUCUACAACAUGGCUCGGCAACUGGCAUAUUUCCUCAUUACAAGUCACGGCGCUGGACGAGGUAAAAUCGUUCCAAUAUGUCUCGAAAAGAGUGUUUUUGCACCCGUGGCUAUGCUUGCCGUUAUUCUCACGGGUGGCGCUGCCGUCACUAUGGAUGCAGCCCAGCCAACCAACAGACUUGCGGGGAUUAUCAACGCGGUCGGGGCAUCGAUUGUUCUGGCAUCGCCAGUUACUAGCGACAUAUUGCAAAGGUCGCCUUCACUCAGCGUUUUCUGUAUCGAUAAAUCCUCAAUUCUGGAUCUGCCCAAUCUACCGUCGAAUUUCUCUUUUCCAGUUGUUUCGGACGAGGAUCCUCUUUACAUCAACUUCACAUCUGGAAGCACAGGGUCCCCCAAAGGAGCCAUCGUUACGCAUGGCAACUAUUCCGCCGCAGUGCUGCAUCAGGCAGCGCCUUUGGGAUUUGAUCAGGAGACUCGAGCUAUAGACAUUUGCUCCUACAGUUUUGAUGUCGUAUGGGAGUUGUUGAUACAGGUGCUUUGCUCAGGCGGCUGUCUUUGCAUCCCGUCUGACAAUGAUCGCUUCAACAACAUUUCCAAGGUAAUAAAACAAUUCAAAGUCAACCUUCUCGAUAUUACGCCAUCGCUGGCCAGAACCUUGACACCUCAUACACUUCCCAGUGUGAGGCGCAUCAUAUUUGGAGGCGAGGUCCUGGCUUUGGAUGAUAUUUCUCCAUGGGUGCGUUGUGGCGUCCAAGUUGUCAACGCGUAUGGGCCAUCUGAAUGCACCCCAGCUGCGACGAUUGCGCGCUACGGAAUUGAUUUCACAGAUGAAAUAGCACUUGGUCGCUGUUACGGACUAAACUCUUGGAUUGUGAGUUGCGAUGGUGGCGACAAUCUUCUGCCCAUUGGUGCCGUUGGUGAGCUUGUUCUUGAGGGCCCAUUGGUUGGCAAGGGCUACCUGAACGAUGUGGAAAAGACGGCAGAAGCUUUUUUUUGCGACUUUGCAUGGUUGCACCGAGAUAAUGUUGGGAUAAGCUCCGAGGCUUGUAGAAGAUUCUACAAAACAGGCGACAUGGCAAGAUACAACAGCCAGGGUAUGCUCAUUUUCGAAGGUCGCAAGGAUACUCAAGUCAAGAUUCGCGGUCAACGAGUGGAGCUUGAUGAGAUUGAAGUUCAAUCAAGGAGAGUUCUUCCUGCAAAUAUUUCCGUUGUCGCCGAAGUCAUCAGUGCGCACGCGACCUCUUUGAACACAUCACAAGUGCUGGCCUUGUUCAUUGAAUACGAGUCUACUUCGAGGAGCCCGUCAAAAUCGUCCAUCAAAGAGACACUUGCGGCACAUCUAUCUCAGGCACUACCUGCAUACAUGGUUCCAUCAACUUACCUAUUCACAACCAUUCCUCGAACAACGUCCGGGAAAGUGCAUCGACGACAACUUCGCGAAAAGGCUUGGGCUCUGAUGUCAGAGCGAUUGGACAAGCAAUUGCAUAGCAUCAACAAGCCCGGCACGCCUUGCGAAAGAACGCUCUCGCGGCUCUGGGCAGCAACGCUAGGAAUUGGAGAGGACAUUAUUGGCCGCGAGAGCAGUUUUCUUGACCUCGGCGGAGAUUCACUUACUGCCAUUCGUUUGGUUGGAGCUGGGCGACAAGACGGCUUGCCACUGACCGUCGCGCUCGUCUUUCAAUUUCCGCAGCUGCGUGAAAUGGCCUCGGCCAUUACGUGCAAGGAGAAACAGCUACUUGAUUGCCAAUCUUGCUUGAACAGUAAUCAAACCCAUCACUCGUCUAGCUUCUCGGCCCUAGAAGAAGACGUGGCGCUACCCAGCAGAGGCAGUGUCGCAGAGGCAUUGUCUCUGCCAGCAGAACUCAUCACCGAUGUACUGCCACUUACCGAUUUCCAAAGCUACGCUGUUUCCUGUGCUCUAGAUACGCCGCGAACGGAAUGGAACUACAUCUCCGUGCUUCUUCCGCAGACAUGCGACGUGUCGCAGCUGGCACAAAUCUGUACCAAACUUACUGAAGCUGUUGAUAUACUUCGCUGCAUAUUUGUUCCCUAUGGCAACGGAAACUAUGCACAGGUAUUUCUGUCGCGCUUGGAGCCCGAAAUUCAGACAAUCUCAACAGCGAAUUCUCUUGCCACGCAAUGCGAGAUUGUUUGCAUGGAGGACUGGACAGCCGACAUUCCGGCUUUGUCGUCGCUUGUCAAGUUCUUCAUAUUCAACAACGAGACCAUCUCGGAGACACGGCUUGUCGUCAGAAUUCCACACGCACAAUAUGAUGGCUUUAGCUUCGGUCCACUCUGUAGAGUCAUCCAUGCCAUUUGCGAUAACCGCAGCUUACCACCCCUAUGUUCCUUUGCCAGCUACGUCAAGGAUAUCGAGAAUACUUCUCUAUCCACAUAUGUGUUCUGGAAAACCUUGCUAGAAAGUUCCAAUCAGCCAACUAGUAUAUCUAUGCAGCGACAGCCACGCCGGGGGCCUAGUAAGCGACAUCACGCGCAGUGCCAGGUGUCGGUCGCACGGCUUCCACAGGGCAUCACACCUUCCACAAUGUUCUAUGCGGCAUGGGGAAUGACCGUUGCUAAGGUGACUGGGACUUUGGACGUCAUUUUUGGUCGUGCUGUUUCCGGAAGGGCAAUGUCGACACCGGCAUCCCGAAGCCGACACGACAAUGUCAUUGGACCAUGCAUAAACAUCGUCCCGACCAGAAUCAUGUGCGAUCCAUCAAUCAACAAGGACAAGAUGCUUCGCCACCUGCAAGAACAGAUCAUCGAAUCUAUUGAACACGAGAAUCUGGGUCUUGGAAAUAUCAUGCGCAAGUGCACGCAGUGGGAAGACGAUGCCAUCAUGGGCUCUGUCGUGUAUUUCCAAAACUUGGCAAGUCGCUUGAGCGACCAGAUCCUCCGGAGCCUCCUCGCUUAG